AUGUGGGGAGCCGCCGCAGAACCAGCAGAUUCUUAUUACCAGAUUCGCCCUGAGUGCACAGAUGUCCCCAAUACAAGAUUCAAGAUCAAACCUGGUAAAACUCUAAGUGUAAGAAAAUGGCAAGCUGCAUUUACAACAGAAGGAUUCCUCGAUAUGGGCAAAACUCUAAAUCGAAUCCAAAGAGGAGGAAUCCAUCCAUCAAUUAGAGGAGAAGUCUGGGAAUUCUUAUUAGGUUGCUAUGAUCCAAAGAGCACAUUUGAAGAAAGAGAGCAAAUUCGACUACGUAGAAGACUGCAGUAUGCUUCUUGGAAGGAAGAAUGUAAACAAAUGUUUCCCGUCAUUGGAAGUGGUGGAUUCAUUACCGCACCUGUAAUUACCGAAAAGGGUCAACCCAUUUACGAUCCUCUUGUACUAAAAGAAACAAAUUUAGGUAAAAAUGGUGUAGAUUUCUUCCAAGAGCUUACAAGCCGCGGACCUUUGGACAAAAAAGUUAUUCAGUGGAUGCUAACACUUCACCAGAUAGGUCUUGAUGUAAAUCGUACGGAUAGGACUUUAGUAUUCUAUGAGAAUAAGGAUAAUUUGUCAAAGCUCUGGGAUAUUCUAGCUCUUUACGCCUGGAUAGACAACGACGUCGGAUAUUGCCAAGGAAUGAGUGAUCUUUGUUCCCCCAUGAUUAUGCUUCUUGAAGAUGAAGCUGAUGCUUUUUGGUGUUUCGAACGAUUGAUGCGCCGAUUGCGAGGGAAUUUCCGGAGCACGGGGAGAUCAGUUGGAGUCGAAGCACAGCUUACGCAUUUGGCUUCAAUCACUCAGAUUAUUGACCCCAAACUUCACCAUCACUUAGAGAAUUUGGGUGGAGGUGACUAUCUCUUUGCGAUUCGGAUGAUAAUGGUUCAAUUCCGAAGAGAAUUCUCUUUUUGCGACUCCUUGUACCUUUGGGAGAUGAUGUGGGCAUUAGAGUACGAUCCGGAAAUGUAUUUACUGUACGAGGAGCCUCAGUUCGAGGGAGAGAAAACCGAAGGUUCCUCCAAAGGUAAACCAAAGUCGAUAAACCAAUGCGGGAAGUACGAGAGAGAGAACAUGAAGAACGGUGCAAAAAGCCCAGAAGGUCCUUUGCCUAUUUCGGUUUUCUUAGUGGCAAGUGUUUUGAAAGACAAGAGUUCCAAGCUGAUGACCGAAGCUCGAGGACUCGAUGACGUUGUUAAGAUCUUAAACGACAUAACCGGAAACUUGGAUGCUAAGAAAGCCUGUUCUGGUGCAAUGAAACUUCACAAGAAAUAUCUAAAAAAGCAGGCCAAGAAAUAG